AUGAAUAUUCGAUAUGAAUUUUUAAUACGAGCUCGACCUGAUUCAGGUCGUGCUGCAGUUAAUCAAAAGCUAGAACCUCUAAACAACUUAACUAUAGUUAUUCCAGAUCAACAUCAUUUUGGUGAUUAUAAUGACCGGUUUGCUAUUGGUUCCACAUCUAUGAUGGAAAAAUAUACGAGUCGAUGGCAUAACGUUAGUGCUUGUUAUAUAAAAAAUAUACAUGCUGAACCAUUUCUAAAGCUCUUUUUAGACCAGUUUGAUACUAAUGUUACCUCAAUGAAAAGAUUAACUUAUGAACAAUUACCACAUGGUUGUGGUCAGUGCCAUUAG